AUGGCAAUCGCAAAAUAUAAUGUGACUACUGACAACAGGCUAGCGAAUCUGAUUUGGGUCGACGGAUCUAGCAGAGUCGAUUAUCAAUACUUUGGCGAUGUGUUGGCGUUCGAUUCAACCUACAGGAAAAAUAAAUACAAGAGACCUAUUGUGAUUUUCUCUGGAUCAAACAAUCAUAAGCAGACCACCAUAUUCGGGUUUGGGUUGUUGCAUGAUGAAAGUCUAGCAUCCUAUCGGUGGAUGCUGGAGAAUUUGAUGGAGAUCAUGUGUCGCAAGAAGCCAUCUGUAGUGGUUACCGAUGGGGACAAAGCUAUGAUAAAAGCUGUGUCUGAAGUCCUCCCCGAGUCGAUGCAUCUGUUGUGUGCAUGGCAUGUGGAGAAGAAUGUCACAUCGAAUGUCCAGGAUGAUGAUUUACGUGGGCUGUUCAUAAGGUGGUUGUACGUGGACAUGACGACAGAUGUAUUUAAGUCGGAAUGGGAGCAGGCUGCCGAGGACUAUGGCCUCUGCCAGAAGCGGUGGUGGUGCCAGAUGUAUGAGAAAAAGGAGAUGCGGGCAAGUGCUUAUCUCCGUGACAAGUUCUGCGCGGGGUACCGAACCACAUCCCGCUGUGAAGGAAUUAACGCAUAUGUAAUCAAGUUUUCCAAAUUCAGCCACACAAUUUUGGAGCUGGUGCAAUGCUUAGAUAUGGUUGCCCGUGAAUAUCGAAAUAAGGAAAUGCUUCUCUAG